UGUUCACACACGUUCACGACGUCCUGUCAUGCUGGGGCAAAAACGUGCUUUUGCCUUUCAUUUUCCAUUCUAAGAUAAUUUUAAAAUUCUCUCUUUUCUCGGCCACUGAGUAAGCUAGAUAUUUAAAUGUGGUGUCAAAUGUUCUCUUAUGGGAUAACUUCUCACCAUGGGAGAGAGUUUGGAUUCAAAGCCUAAGCCUAUAGAAAUUGAAACAACUGCUGCUAACCUUGAAGAAAAAUCAUCUCAUUCUGACAAUUUGGACUACUUAAUUAAUGUAGUCUAUGCACCGUUUAUUAAAAAACAUGUUAAAGUCAAGAAUUUGCUGUCGUACAUGCCUGAGUAUAUGAAGGUGAUUGGACCACAGAUCUAUAACUCAAGCAGUGCUGAGAUGAGUACAGAAAUAUUUUUUAAUCAUCUCAAGGCUGUGAAUGAUGUUGGCAAAUAUCAGGCUUUCAAAGAUGCCUUACACAGUGCUAAUUAUGAGGUCAUUGUUAAAGUCCUUGAGGGUGAAAAAAUUGAAGAUGAUUCUGAGCAUAAAGAGUUGAUGCAACUUUUUGAAAGCACCAUCAUUGAUAGCAUUGAUCCUAGUGCCCUUGCACAACGACUGCUGGAGCGUGAUGUCAUCGACCCUUCAGAAAGGGAAUACAUAGAGAACUUACAAACAAAACAGUGCGCAGCAGAUGCAGCUUUCUAUUUGUUAGACUGUGUUCCCAGGCGAAAAGAUGGCUGGUUUAAAAUAUUUCUAGAAGUUCUAGAUCAAUUAGAACACAAGGAUCUUGUCAAGAUUUUGGAUGAAAAGUUUUAUCAACAGAGCGGCGAUUUUCAGCCGGGAGAACUAAGUUUACAAGUGGACACUGAAAUGACCAAUGAGAUGGCCAGCGAUACGACCCAUGAAACGUGCAAUGAAAUUACACAGCAGACGAGUGAGAUGACCGUUGAAAGGUCCAGAUAUGAAGCAACAGUUGGUGGAGGAUCCGGGUCUGAUGAGAUUUGCAGCAUUAGCAUUUUCAUGCAACAAGUGUUACGCAGUUUAAACAGUUUACAAGAGCAAGUUAACAGGAUUGAAACCAAUCUCUGUGAUCUACAUGUUAAACUUGAUAGUUUGAACAAAAUUGAUCCUUAAAUUUUACGGAGAUUCUAAA